AUGUCUCAAUCAAAUCAUGCCAGUGACGAAGUUACAACACCCUUACUCCAAAAACAAUCUCUUUACGAGAAACUGCAUGCAGUUAAAAUUGAAGCACUCUCAAUGGUUAAAAUAUUUUACCCAUUGGUCUUCACAAGUGUUCUCUUUUACCUUCGCCCCUUUUUCACAAUGAAAUUCCUAGGCUGUAUUGAUUCCAACACUAUCGCUGGUUACUCCCUUGCACUUUCAUUCGCCAACAUGACUGCUUACUCUGUCUUCUCUGGCUUGAUCGUGGGCGCUGAAACCAUCUGCUCACAAGCCAUCGGAGCAAAACGUUAUAACCUCUUUCAUGCAACCAUAUUGCGAGGAUUCAUCCUCCUCCUCUGCACAUCUCUCCCUGUUUUCAUUCUCUGGAUAAAUGUCAAGAAUAUUUUGAUGAUGUUGAAACAAGACGAGGAGCUUGUGUCCAUAGCUUACAUCUAUACCCUUUACUCUACUCCAGAUCUCUUGGCUCAAUCUAUCUUACACCCAUUAAAAGCUUAUCUCCGGACUCAGUCAAAGACUCUGCCUCUGUUAGUCUGCACAGCGAUUGUGGGUGGUUUAUAUUUUGUGAUCACGUCACUCUUGGUGACGUGCCUCAAGUCAGGUGUCAGGACUAUAGCUAUGAGUGUCGUUUUGUCGAAUUUUAUCCUUGUGGCAUUGCUCGCCAUCUACAUCAAAAAACCCCCAAGUAGUGACGAGAAUUCGGAGGAGGAGGAGUCAAAUCAUUUAUUUAGUGUGAGAGAAUGGAAGAAACUGUGUGGUCUCGCGUUACCAAGUGUUGGAUUGGUUUGUGUCGAGUGGUGGUUCUAUGAGAUAAUUACUGUGAUUUGUGGGUUUCUUAAAGAGCCUAAAGUAGCUGUUGCCUCAAUAGGAAUUCUCAUCCAAUUCACUUCUUUUGUUUACAUUUUCCCUCAUUCCUUGAGCUCUGCAGUCUCUACUCGGGUCGGAAAUGAGCUAGGUUCGAACCGGCCACAGGGAGCGAGAAAAGCAGCCAUCGUCGGACUCGUAAUCAGUAUCAUCAUCGGGAUCAUGGUUCUCACGUUCACGGUCUCUGUCAGAAACAAAUGGGCUACGUUUUUCACGGAUGAUAAAGACGUGAUCAAGCUUACUUCGACGGUUCUGCCUAUAGUUGGCCUUUGCGAGCUAGGAAACUGCCCUCAGACGGUCGCAUGUGGCGUUCUCAAAGGGUCGGCAAGGGCAAAGACUGGAGCUGUUAUUAAUUCGGUGGCGUUUUAUGUGGUUGGUUUGGUUGUAGGAAUUGUUCUGGCGUUUCCGCUUGGGUAUGGAUUAAAGGGACUUUGGCUCGGGAUGCUCGCAGCGCAGAUAACAUGUGGGAUGGGUAUGAUGGUGGUGGUGUAUAGGACUGAUUGGGAACUCGAGGCGGAAAGAGCUAAGGAGCUCACAUCGGUGGAUGCAGGAAGAAGCAACGGUGUUGUCGAGGAUGUGGAGGCUGAGGGGUUGAUAAGUAAGGAGGAACAGAGUACUCUGUUUCUUACCCCAAAGGAUGAAAUAUAUGAUAGCAUGUUGAAUUAA